AUGAGCACGCUUAGCCCUCUGGAGACGCUUGCUGAGACUAUCAGUGCAACUGCGAAAAUCGUUAGCGGGUACUGCACCCUGGAUAGAAUCCCACACCCGUCAUCGGGCCCGGACAGCCCCUCAGUGGCGCUGCCUCAAACGGCGCCCGCAUAUGUACGAGAGGCGCGCCAGCAGCUUCUCUCCGCGGCCAAAGAGGUUCUGCAGAUUGCCGCAGAGCCCAGCGAGUAUCUCCCAAUGUUGGCAUUCAAACCAAAUGCUGAUAUCAAGAGGGUGACACUAGCCAGCAUCUGCGCGGUGCCGGAGCGUCAACUGCAGAGCGUGACCCGCAUGGCCAUCACCAGCAGCUGUCUAUGCAAGCCAGAGCUGGGAAAAGUCGCCCACAACAGAGCCUCCCGGCAGUUUGUUACUACGCUCGCCUACCUUGGUUGGGUCCGCUUUAUAACCGAUUUCUAUAUGCCGGUGUCCUCGGAGAGGGCCGAAGCAACGGAAAAAUGGGGGGAGUCAGAGCAGCCUACCGAGACAGUGGUCAACCUGGCCAUGAAGACGUCCAUAUCUGCCUUUGCGUUUAUCACGCGGUCUAGAGAGUUUAACAGGCUCUUCGCUGCCUAUAUAAAAGGGGUGUCUGCUAGCGAGGGCACGGCGGUACGGCAUCUGCUGACCGACUACGACUCGGCCCGGCUAGACCAAGGGCUCUUGGUGCAUACUGCGCUUCGUCGUGCAAGACUCAGCCGAGCAAAUCAACCAGAGCCGCCCGUCCUAAAAUCACAACUGGAAAGUGUCCGGUCUGCCAUCGAACUUGGCAUUUACAACCACUGCGACGAACAGCCCAUUCAGAACACAGACAUAUUUCUGCUGCGCAUGGUGCUACAUAAUCAUACCAACGCCAAUGCCAUCCGGAUUCUUGCCCCCUUGGUGCGGCCCCUACAAACAAAUCCAGCUGUGUGGCUGCUCAUCGUCGACGCAGUGCUUCCGGAGCCAGGUGAUGACGGCUGUCUAGAUGAAGCACUCCAGCGGUACCGGGAUCUGACGAUGCAGGAAGUGUUCAAUACCCGGGAGCGAAGCCUCACGGAGUUUCAGCGACUUCUGGAUGUCAUCAGCGACAGCGCGAGGCAGCUAGUAGUUAAGAACCUCCGCAGAUCCCCAGCCUCCGCGCUGUCCGUUAUUGAUGUUUCUAUCAUUCCUACACGAACGGACACAAGUCGACUAGUGAUUGACAACACCGGGGGACGGAUUGCAUCUCUUCCCAUCCCUGAUGAUGUUUAUUUUUGCCAAGACAAAGGGUGUAUGGGAAUGGCAGAGUACUAUCAGGAAGAGAGCAGGACAGGGAUGGCAACAAAGCAGAAGCAAACAAGGGAGCUACCACAGAACCUAUCACAGAAGCCGGGGAACUGGAAGGGGGUACGGCAGCAGGUUUGGCUGUUGCUACUAGGAUUAUUUAUCUGCCCUACAUCGAUGCUGCUGGCUGUUGUAAUUGUUGUCUAG